AUGACCACAGCCGAGAAAAUCUACACGCUGGAUGAAUUCAAUGCCCUGCCCCGGGAGAUGACUCAGGGCUGCGAACUCCUCGACGGCCGCAUCGUCAGGAAGCACGUGUGGGACGGGGAGGAAAAGGGCAUGACACCUGAGAUGUACGGACACGCAGACAUCGUGCGCCUGAUCUGGUUAGCGCUCGAACGUGCGAUUCACGAAUUACCCCAGCGACGAGUCUUCGCGGAACCCACGUUCCAUGUCGGAGCGGCGCGUAACCGGACGCGCAGACCCGACUUGGCGCUGAUUGUCGGCGAUUCGCCGACGGGCGCCGAAGCAAUCCUGGACCUCGUACCUGCCUUGGCGGUCGAGGUCGUAUCCCCCAACAACUCGGCAGCAGAUAUGUUCGCCAAGGUCGAGGAAUAUUUAGCCGUCGGCGUGCAACUCGUCUGGGUGGUCUAUCCGCAGUCGCGUACGGUCACCGCCUAUCGUCCGGACCGGACCGUCGUCUUUCGCACCGAUGACACCAUCACCGCGGAGCCGGUUCUGCCCGAUUUCUCCCGACCGGUUGCCGACCUCUUCCCCGUUCCAUCUCCGGCGCCCACCGGGUAG